AUGGCGAACGGUUGGGCACCUAUCAUCGGGCUCAUAGUCACCGUCAUCUUCUGCGGCGCAGCGUGGUUCCUAGCUCCCAAAGGCGAAAACCAAACGGUCUGGCGAUCUACGCUCGUUCUGUCUGCUGCUGCCAUGUACAUCAUGUGGGCUAUUACUUUCCUCGCGCAACUCCACCCUCUUAUCUCGCCUAUCCGAGGCGACUUACGGCCAGAAUACAAUGGAGGACGCUAG